AAUUCUCGAACCUGCGCUGUGGAUUUGAAAACACCGCGCGACCGGAAGGGGAGGGGAGAGCAGCCAAACAUUCGUACCUGCGCCCAGGGAACCUGAAAACAAUAACAAUAUUGCACCGUCUUACAAUAUUUACCUCUAUCUGACGUGCCGCCCGGCAUGAACGGAAAGGAUAUGUGCGACUGAAGGUGUUCCCAUGGCAUGCUGUGGAUGUCAGCAUUCCAUCAUGUAGAGAAAGAAACACCUGUGUGUUAGAACUUGCCCUUUAAUUUCAUCACACCUGGACUGGAGGAAGAGGCAGACCAUGUCAGUGUUUGAGUGCAUGCAGAGAAGACAGUAUGGGUAUGAGGCGCCCCCUAACAACAUUCUCAUGAACUACGCCUCUAGAAAAAUGCCCCUUCUUUUUGAGGAGAGGGAGUACCAUUUGGGGAUGCUGAACAAAGUCUUUGCUGCGCAAUGGCUAUCAGCAAACCAAGUGGUCUGUGCAACCAAGUGCAAUAAGUUGUUUGUUCUGGACCUGAAGACAGGAAAGCAAGUCUUAAUCCCCUGCCUGCAGGGCUCUCCUUCGGAAAACGUGAGGGGUGCAGAGCACUGUGGCAUCCACAGCGUCGCUAUCAACCCCUCCGGCACCCUGCUGGCCACGGGUGGGGAGGAUCCUCUCACCCUGGCCAUCUACAGACUACCCAGCUUUGACCCACGGCAUAUAGGCCAGGGCUGCCAUGAUGACUGGAUCUUCUCCAUAGUUUGGUUGGAUGACAAGUUUCUGGUCACAGGUUCAAGAGACAGCUCUGUGGCUGUCUGGAAGAUUGGGGACAGCUCACAGACAGAACAGCCUUCUGUGAGGGAACAGCCAUAUAGCCAGGCAGGUGCAGACAGCAGCACAGAACAGCCAUGUAGUCAGCCUGCCGAGGACAGUGAUGUUAAUCUCCCAACCUACUCCAACAUUCAGCCUGUCCUGAAGAAGACUUGCUGUCUGGGUGAGAAGGUGCGGGCUGUGGUGUUCAACAGAAGAUCUGAGGAGCUGGUGGGACUAACUUCAAAUGGUUACAUUAAUGUUUGGAAUGUCAACGGCAUGAAAGAGGUUUUCAGUGCUGCAGCUCCGUUUGCCAGAGAAAACACCAGCUUAACCCUUGACCUGGAGAGGGGGCUGUUUGCGUUGGGGUCGCAGUCCCACGUUUCAUUCCUGGAUGCCACGACGAUGAAACAUGUCCUGAACGUCCCAUCAAAGGACAAAGGGACAGGUGUGAGGUCCAUCUCCUUCCGAGGGGAUAUCGUUACCAUGGGAACCGGUGCAGGAUCGCUGCUGUUCUACGACAUCAGGGCUCGGAGGUUCCUGGACUGUAACUGUGGGAUGACUCUGAGGCUCCGCUCAGGGGAGGGCUGGCUGAAACAUGAUGAAAUGUACCGUGAGUUUUUCUCCGACCAGGACCACUUUCCCAACGCGGUGUACGCACAUCUGUACGAUGAUGCAGGCGUCAGGCUUUUUGCUGCUGGAGGUCCUCUACCAGCUGGUCUGUGGGGCAACUAUGCAGCACUCUGGAGCUAAACUUCAGUGGAACAAUGCAGCACUCUGGAGCUAAAGUUCAAGGGAACGAUGCAGGACUAUGGAGCUACCUUAAGUGGAACAAUGCAGCACUCUGGAGCUAAACUUCAGUGGAACAAUGCAGCACUCUGGAGCUAAAGUUCAAGGGAACAAUGCAGGACUAUGGAGCUAACUUAAGUGGAACAAUGCAGGGCUCUGGAGCUAAACCUAAGGGGUAUUAUUCAGAGCUCUGGAACCAAACUUAAUGGGUAAUUUGCAGGGCACUGGAGUUAACUUAGGGGGUAAUAUGUAUGGCUCCGGAGCUCCGGAGCUAAUAUUUAGGUUAAAAGGUGAUCUAUCCAGUAUUUGGAGAAAGAGCUGUACAGAAGGGUAGUAGGGGAGCAGUGAAGUGCUCUGCAGUUAGAUGACAAGAUUCCAUAUCAACAAAAUAUCGACUGCCAAAGCUAUUUAUCUCAAGUGAAUUACAUGUAUUAGAAAAUAAAUAUAUGUAUAUAUGCAACG